UGACGGAGGUGGAGGUAUAAAGCCAGGUGAGCUCAGGUGGAGCAGCAGGGAGCUGCGGACGAAGACGAAGACGAAGCAUCACUCCUGACCUGCUCUGAAGCUGAAAACAGGGACCAUGUGGAGGUUUGUCCUGGCUGUCAGUCUGCUCUGCUGCAGCUCUGACGCCUCACUCACCUGCAAAGAUGAGAACGGGGGACAAGUGGACUGGUUCAUCUUAUACAAGGCGCCCAAACAGAAAGACAAGCUCACAGGUCUGGAGUAUAUCUACAUUGGUCCAGAUGCACAUGGGAAGGUCACUAAACGUACCGGAACUGACAUCAAAGGCAUCCUGGCAAACACCCUGAGGCCCAUCUUGAAAUCAGUCAGAGAAAUGCCAGAAGACUUUGGGUUCAUCAGCUACAGUGACCAGCCUCCUGGGUGUAGUGCUGACAACCAAAAGUUUGGCCACAGUAAAGGAGUUGUGAUGGUGGAUAAAACUACAGCAGUCUGGCUCUUACACAGCACACCACAGUUCCCUUUCAGAAGAGAUCAAAAUAAAUUCUGGCCUCCAAGUGGAGCAAAAAAUGCUCAGACAUUUAUCUGUGUGAAGUUUCCCAGUGAGCCAGCAUACAUCGAACAUAUAGGUAAACACCUGCAGUCCAUCAGAGCUUUCCCAUUUGACCAUUAUAUUCCAGAUGGCUUUUAUAAAGAGCUUAAAGAGCUUAAAGAUGUUGUGAACUGGAACAAACUAGAUCCACCUGGUGUACUCCAGCUGCUGAUAAAAAAAGGAGACGUGACGUUUUACAGCAUUGCUAAAAAACAGGCAGUAAAAGAAAAAGGUAAACCUGGCUCUGGACAGGACAGUGACAAGAUGGAAGUGGAGGAAUCAGAUGAACCCAUGGUUGACUGUUCUAAGGAUGGGAGCCCUAUGGAGAUAGAUGAAGAUCCUGCUGGUGGAGAUCUUUAUGUUGGAGAUCUUUAUGUUUCUAUUGCAAAAGAAGUAAAGAGUCAUGUGAAUGUCCAGACCUGGCACAGUGAUACAGAAGGUGACAUUUCCUAUUGCAAAGGACCUGAAAAUGUAUACAAUAUUAAAUCUGUACAGAUUAAAGACCUGGGUGAGUGGAGCCCUGGUAAUGAUCAUUCAAAGUGGUGUGUAGAUGAAAAUAAACUUUGGACCUGUAUCGCUGAUGUGAACAGAGCAAAAACACAGUUUUUGAGGUAUGGGGGGGCACUGUGCAUCAAGGACAAAAACAUAGCAGAAAUAUUCAUGUCAUUUAAGAAAGAGACAGAGUCUUGUAAAGAUGCAGAAGAACGUAAGAAAAAAAAGAAGCAAAAAGUUAAAAAAAAACUCCCACCUCUCUAAAAUCUUUAUAACUUCAUCAACACUUGGGAUGAAGUUUCCACACAGCUCGUAAUGAUUAGACAGAGCCAAUCAGAGAGCAGGACUUUUCCUGGUUGUAAUCUGAUGAAUGUUG